AUGACUUCUCCAGCUUGCAUAUUCUGCAAAAUCAUCAAGGGUGACAUCCCAUCCUUCAAGAUCUUCGAGAGCGACAAAGUCUUUGCUUUCCUCGAUAUCCAGCCAUUGAGCCGUGGACACGCUCUCGUCAUCCCCAAAUUCCACGGCGCAAAACUCACAGAUAUUCCGGAUGAGUAUUUGACUGAGCUUCUGCCCGUCGCAAAGAAAAUUGCCGUAGCAACCGGUGCUGAAGACUUCAAUGUCUUGCAGAACAAUGGUCGUGCCGCACAUCAGCUUGUUGACCAUGUUCAUUUCCAUGUGAUCCCCAAGCCAAAUGAGACAGAAGGUCUAGGAAUCAAAUGGCCCUCCCAAGAAACAGACAUGGACAAACUCAAGGCCUUGUUCGAGGAGCUCAAGAGUAAGAUGUAA